ACUACGCGUGUGCACUUCCUGUUCGGUUGUUUCGUCUGUCAGUUUGGUAGUACGGCAGUUUUGUUCAAGUUAUCGAUGUCUAGUAUAAAUUAUAGUAUUGUUGAAUAUUAUGCUGAACAUGGGGGGUAUCGCUGUGGCUACUGCAAAUCCAGUGACUCGAACUAUAGUUAUGGUAUGUGGGCCCGUAACAUGACUGUUCAAGAUUACCAGGAUCUAAUUGAUCGUGGAUGGCGAAGAAGUGGAAGAUAUUGUUACAAACCCACAUUGAACGUUAUGUGCUGCCCAACGUAUACCAUCAGAUGUGCUGCUUUGGACUUCAAGAUUUCAAAAUCUCAAAAGAAAGUUAUAAAGAGACUUAAUCGUUUCCUGUCCCAUGGAGACACGAAGGCUGGUGAUGACUCAAAAUCUGCAGGAGAAAGCUUCUCAACAUUAGAGUACUCUGACUUUUCUGGAGUGAUGGACAUCCCCGAUCUUCAUCAGAAAGUACUGAGAGCUGAGAAGAAUUUUGAAAAUACCAAAAUAGUCUCAGUGGAUCCAUCUUUAUCACGGAGAUUAGAAAACAGACAUGAUGGUGAGGAGACCACAUGGGCCAGAGAAGAAGAUUGUUGUAAGAUGGAUAGCUUAACAGGGGAUACUGUGAUGGUACCAGCAGCACCAAUGGAAGGAGCAGUUGCUGGAGAAGUGAGGAAAACAUGUCGCCCAGGCGUUGGUCCAGAUGCAAACAGACCACCAUGUAAGAAGGCAAAGUUGGUGAGACUGGAACGCAAACGUCAAAAGAUUCUGAAUCAGGGCUAUAAUCAGGAGGCAGCUGAUGCCAUGUUGAAGCAGAGAGGACCGCAGCAACAGGAGGGCAAGUCCCUGGAGAACUUGCUCAAUGAGCAGUUGCCAGCUAACCCUGCUCAUAGGCUUGAGAUCCGCCUGGUACGCUCUUCACCUCCCAGUCAUGAAUUUGAACAGACCACACAGCAGGCAUAUGAAGUAUACAGAAAAUACCAGAUGGCAGUUCAUGGGGAUCCACCCGAUAAGUGUACCAUUCGACAUUAUACACGGUUUCUUGUAAAUUCACCCCUUCAGUUGGUGCUUUUGAAAGUUGGUACACCUGAGUUUAUGCACUCACUGGUGGAUAGCCAGGAGCUGUUUGCUAAAUACCAGAUGGCGAUACACAAUGAAACACCAGAGGAAUGCAACUCCCAGCUCUUCUAUGAGUUCCUAGUCGACUCACCCUUGGAGCCAUGGCAUCCAUUGGAUGGUCCCCCUCAUGGUUAUGGUUCAUUUCACCAGCAAUACUGGAUGGAUGGGAGACUCAUUGCUGUAGGAGUAAUCGACAUUCUGCCACGCUGCGUAUCCUCCGUGUACUUCUACUAUGACCCAGAGUUGGGUCAACUGUCUCUGGGAACAUAUGCUUCCCUAAGGGAGAUUUCCUUGACACAGUCAUUGCAUGGGCAUGCUUCAGCUCUCCAGUACUACUACAUGGGGUUCUACAUACACACAUGUCCAAAGAUGCGAUACAAGGCGAGUUACAAGCCUUCCUUCCUGCUGUGUCCUGAAGCAUAUACGUGGCAUCCUGUGAGUGAGUGUAAGACUCGUCUUGACCGCAGCAAGUACUGUCGGUUUAAUGAUGAUCCCUCUGCUAAAGACAGGGAUGGAGAAAUUGUUUUAAAUGAGGUACUUGUACUGUCCCACCACCGAGCCAUGUUGUAUUGCACCUAUGUGACAAUGGAUCAAACAGAAAAUGAUGCAGAGGAAGUUACACAGUAUGCCAAACUGGUUGGUAUGAAAUGUGCACGGAGGAUGCUUCUGGUGCGGCCCUGAAUUAUUUAAUACUCUUGAUGACUCUUCUACCAAAGUUGUGUACUGUACAUGAAGUAUGUUUCUUGAGAACGAAGGUGCUUACCAUGGUCUUGAAUAGUGUCCUUUUCAUUAUAGCCCAACCAGUAACAAAAUGUAUUAGCUGUCACUUAAUUUGACUGCGUUUAUCUUUGGGCAAUCAUCUUUAAACUGGGGAGUUGACCUUAAUUGUUAAUUAGAUCAUAAUUUUGCUGUCUGGUUAUGAUUAAAUUACUCCUUGAUCUAGUGUUACACUGAGCUCAUUGUUUUAACAAUAAUGUUCUCAUAUUUUGAAAGUACUCAAUUCAGAUUUCAGCCAGGAUGUGCAUAGGGAAGAUUAUUCGAAUGGUAUCUGUAGUUUUCCUGUAUCAUGUAUUUCACUCGCAUAAGUUGAGGCAAGGUUAUUGAUACUUAUACCCUGUAAACAGCUCAGUAUGUAACCCAGUUUGUUAGUGCAGUAAAAAUCAAACAUCAGUUUAAGGUAAGAAUAGGAAUGUUUACAGUUGGAAUUAUUGUUGCUAGUAUAUUGAAUUAACAAGAUAUUGAUAUAUGAAAAUGUAGUGAAAUCAUGGUAGAACCAAUGUGGCUUAUAACAGGGAAUUAUAUGAGAAAACUUAUCAGCACCAUUAGUUUCUUAAUGUUACACAUAAUGGGAGAACCAUGCAUAAAAUGACUACUUUCUGGUACUUUCAUGAUAAUGAACAAUUUCUGUAACUCUUUGACCAACUCUAAUACAGUUUUGCUGUUGAAGGUGUUUAUAGCUGAUGGUCAUUAAAGGUCCCAUUAAUCUGCCAUCUAUACCUCUCCCUUAUCUGGGAGAAGAAACUCAGUCCAGAAUCUGAGGAUUUUCAGUAUUCCAAAUGGGUGAUUAAAAUUAAAUUAAAAAAAGUAAAGGUAUCCCAGUGACAGGCUGUGGAGGCCCAUAGGGUUGUGAGAUGUU